GCUGUGGCACCAAUACCUAACGACCUGACCGGUCUCCGCUCGUUACCGUCAAUUUGGGGAAAUGGAUUUAGCCUUGAUAGGACAGGACGGGAGCCGUGCGGGCUCGUGGUUGUAGAAGGAGAUCAGAAGACGCUUGGUGUGCGCGGCGAACCCCUCCGUGUCUUAUUCUCAGCGCUCCUCUCCCCUCGGCCGGACUCAGGUCUGUGUGGCGUCGGCAGGCAAAAGCGGCCCUUCUGCUCUACUCAUUCUUUGUGUGCGCAUGUGUGGCUUGCGUGUGAACCGGCAAAAUCAGAGAGCAAAGCAGGCCAGCGCGCGACAGGGAAGACGGGCAGUGUUGAGGUAGCCCAGCUAGCAGCCGCACGGUUUUUUUUUUUUUUUUUCGCACUGCCAGAGAUGGUCACGUCCACACAGGGGAUCCUUCUGCUGCCGAUGCUAAUAUGUCUCCAACGCUUCGUUAACGUUCACGGUACGAAGACAGAAUGUGAAGCCAAUCAAUUUCAGUGUGGAAACGGUCGCUGCAUCCCGUCCGUGUGGCAGUGUGACGGAGAUGAGGACUGCAGCGACGGCAGCGACGAGAACUCAUGUGUUAAAAAGACUUGUGCGGAGUCGGACUUUGUGUGUGACAAUGGGCAGUGUGUCCCGAAGCGGUGGCACUGCGAUGGGGAGCCAGACUGUGAAGACGGUUCUGAUGAGAGCUUGGACAUCUGCCACAUGAGGACAUGCCGGAUGAAUGAGUUUAGCUGUGGCGCCGGCUCAACCCAGUGUAUCCCAGUCUUCUGGAAAUGUGACGGUGAGAAGGACUGCGACAGCGGCGAGGACGAGGUCAACUGUGGAAACAUCACAUGUGCCCCAAAUGAGUUUACAUGUGCCAGUGGACGCUGCAUCUCCCGGAACUUUGUGUGUAAUAGCGAGGAUGACUGCGGCGAUGGUUCGGAUGAGGUGGAGUGCGCGCCGUCCUCCUGCGGGCCCAGCGAGUUCCAGUGUGGAAACUCUUCAUGCAUCCCGGCCAGCUGGGUGUGUGACGAUGACGUUGACUGCCAGGACCAAUCAGAUGAGUCUCCAUCCCGCUGUGGUCGGCACCCAACACCCCCAGCCAAGUGCUCGCCCAGCGAGAUGCAGUGUCGCUCAGGAGAGUGCAUUCACAAGAAGUGGAGGUGUGAUGGAGACUCCGACUGCAAGGACGGCAGUGACGAAGCGAACUGUCCUGUUCGCACCUGUGGGUCGGAUCAGUUCAAAUGUGACGAUGGAAACUGCAUCCUGGGCAGCAGACAGUGUAAUGGCCUCAGAGACUGUGCAGACGGAUCAGACGAGGCAAACUGUAGAAACAUGACUCAGUGUAAUGGUCCAGAGAAGUUCAAGUGUCGCAGCGGGGAGUGCAUAGAGAUGAGCAAAGUGUGCAACAAGGUCAGAGACUGUCCCGACUGGAGCGAUGAACCGAUCAAGGAAUGCAAUUUUAACGAGUGUCUCCUGAACAACGGUGGCUGCUCGCACAUCUGUAAAGACAUGGUGAUUGGCUACGAGUGUGACUGCACGCCUGGGCUCCAGCUUAUAGACCACAAGACCUGCGGAGAUAUCGAUGAGUGCAUGAAUCCUGGCAUUUGCAGUCAGAUCUGCAUCAACCUGAAGGGAGGGUACAAGUGUGAAUGCCACAAUGGCUAUCAGAUGGAUCCGACCACCGGCGUCUGCAAGGCUGUUGGUAAGGAGCCCUGCCUCAUCUUCACCAACCGCCGUGAUAUCCGUCGUCUGGGCCUGGAGAGGAAGGAGUACACUCAGAUUGUGGAGCAGCAGAGAAACGCAGUGGCUCUGGAUGCAGACUUUGACCAGCAGACCAUUUUCUGGGCUGACCUGGGCCAGAAGGCGAUCUACAGCACUCUUCUGGACAAGCGUGUAGACAUUGGCACCCAUAAGAAAGUCAUUGACAACGUGCAGACUCCAGUGGGAAUCGCUGUGGACUGGAUCUACAAGAACUUGUACUGGUCUGAUCUCUCAACCAAAACAAUCUCUGUGGCCAGUUUCAAUGGUACCAAGCAGAAAGUUCUGUUCAACAGGGGCCUCAAAGAACCGGCCGAUAUUGCUGUGGAUCCGCUGUCUGGGUUUCUGUACUGGUCUGACUGGGGAGAGCCAGCCAAGAUAGAGAAAUCUGGUAUGAACGGAGUGGACAGACAGGUUUUGGUGGCGACAGACAUCCAGUGGCCUAAUGGAAUCACACUGGAUCUGAUCAAAGGCAGGUUGUACUGGGUCGACUCAAAGCUGCACAUGCUCUGUAGCGUCGACCUAAACGGGGACAACAGGAAUAAAGUGCUCCAGUCUUCAGAGUACCUCGCUCACCCCUUUGCUCUCACCGUUUUUGAGGAUCGAGUCUUCUGGACUGAUGGGGAAAAGGAAGCAAUCUACGGUGCAAACAAGUUCACAGGCUCUGACGUGGUUACGCUGGCCAGCAACCUGAACGACCCCCAGGACAUCAUAGUGUACCAUGAGCUCAUUCAGCUGUCAGGUACUAACUGGUGCUCAGAGAAAGGUGAAAAUGGAGGCUGCAGCUACAUGUGCCUGCCUGCACCACAGAUCAACAAACACUCCCCCAAAUAUACCUGCGUGUGUCCUGAGGGCCAGGAGCUGACUGCUGACGGCUUGCGCUGCAGACCUGAAGCCAAUGUGAGCACAUCAAUUCAAGUGAAUUCGACAGCCAGAGGUUCUGCUGCUGCCUGGGCCAUACUACCCGUCUUGCUACUGGCGAUGGCGGCAGCAGGCGGCUACCUGAUGUGGAGGAACUGGCAGCUGAAGAACCAGAAGAGCAUGAACUUUGACAACCCAGUCUACCUGAAGACCACAGAAGAAGACCUCAACAUUGACAUCACGAGGCACGGCGCCAAUGUAGGACACACGUACCCCGCGAUUUCGAUAGUGAGCACAGAGGAUGAUUUAUCCUGAUCGUGUUGGGUCUUUUUUAUUUUUUCACGGUCACACCGCGCCGCCUCGUUCCAGUGCCGACGCUUGACCGUAGCAGCAGCAGCAGACCUUAUAGUACGACCACAUGCCUUCUGAAGUACAUUAGACCACUGUGUGUGGUGAAGAGGAAAUGUUAUUUAUUAUGUAAAUAUUGCAAUGAAUUCUGUCCCGACUGGUUUCAUUCCACAUCCAAAGUUGUAAGGAUCCGUUAUUUUUCCGUUAUUUUUGGGCCACAGACAUUUUCCAGUCAUUUCUUUGUCCCGCCCUCUUUAAGAAGCUUGCUGGCAUCGUGUCGCAACAGUUGAAAGGGAUGAAUUGUCAGUUUGAUCUCCUCAUCUAGGCUCCCAGAAUCUGACACGGUGAAUGUUUGAAGACUGCACAAAACACGAGGGGUCAAGGGUCCUUUAGAAGUAAGGCUUUAAUGAGGAAAGGAUGCGGUCCAGAUUUUGUUGCUUCCUCAGAUGUGAAUAUUUAUGUACGAUCAUGUUUGGGCAGUAAUAUCUCAAAACUAAGUUUUCUUUCAUUAAUUUGAGUGUUUUCUUGCCAUCACCACCUCUUAGAAUGCAUUCUUACAGGAUUAUUAUUGUUGUUAUUAUUGUUAUUAUUAUUAUUAUUAUUAUUAUUAUUAUUAUGCUUGUGAAAUAACCAUGGUUACAGCUUUUGUAAACACUGUACAUAUUUGCCCAUCCUUUGGACAUGAUCGUCAAUCAGGACUCUUCAAUGCACUUUGAUCAAAUGCUCCUUGUGUAAAUAAGAUUGUAUACAUUUGACUUGAUCAGUUUUUUGCUAUGGUUGGGCGUCAUACCAGCGGCUCAGAUGUAUUUAAGAAGGAAAAAACAAAACACAAUGAAUUUGGUAAAACUAUUUUGUAUGUUUGUGCUGUUGCUGUGAACUUUUUCUAGCCUUGUACAAAGAAGGGGGGACACCAAUAAAAUGGGAAGACUCUGUAUCUGUGAAGAAACUGAUCUGCGAAUCACUUCGGAAUUAAAAUUUAAUCCACAACUUUGCUCAGAAAA